AAGGCAGAGUCUUCUCUUCUCCGAACUCCAAACACAAACACAUACAAACAUAGUAACCGCUUCUCUCUCUCUCUCUCUCUCUCUUUUUCCAUGUCCAUCUGAUAACCCUUUCCUGAUUCUCUUUCGUGGUUGUUGCUAUUCUGAGUGAUGGGUAUGCCCUGCCGCUGUUCCCACACCUCCCACAUCACUGAAAUCAUCAUCACCAGCUUCUUCCGCCACAAGUCUUAGAUCAACAAUUUCCGUCAAUUAUUCCAAAACCACCUUAAGAGCCUUUUCCAAAUGGCCCCUUAAAGAUCGAACUUGGUCGGAGUAAACAUGGCGGGUAGUGGAAGUGCCUUUUCCAACAUCACUAGCUUUCUUCGCACCCAACAACCCUCUUCUCAACCUCUCGAUUCUUCUCUCUUCCUCUCUGCACCUUCCUCUGCUCCUUUCCUCGGUUCGAGAUCCAUGAUGAGUUUUGAUGGAGAAGGAGGGAAGGGGUGUAACGGCUCCUUCUUCCGCGCGUUUGACAUGGACGACAAUGGGGAUGAGUGCAUGGACGAGUACUUUCAUCAACCCGAGAAGAAGCGACGUCUCUCUGCGAGCCAGGUUCAGUUUCUAGAGAAGAGCUUCGAGGAGGAGAACAAGCUUGAACCCGAGAGAAAGACCAAACUAGCCAAAGACCUUGGUUUGCAGCCACGGCAAGUUGCUAUUUGGUUCCAGAACCGUAGAGCUCGGUGGAAGAACAAACAGCUGGAGAAGGAUUACGAGACUCUGCAUGCAAGUUUUGAGAGUCUCAAGUCCAACUAUGACUGUCUUCUCAAGGAGAAAGACAAGUUAAAAGCUGAGGUGGCGAGCCUCACUGAGAAGGUGCUUGCAAGAGGGAAACAAGAGGGGCACAUGAAGCAGGCUGAAAGUGAAAGUGAAGAAACAAAAGGAUUAUUGCAUUUGCAGGAACAGGAACCACCCCAGAGGCUUUUACUGCAAUCAGUUUCGGAGGGAGAAGGAUCCAAAGUCUCUUCUGUCGUUGGGGGUUGUAAACAGGAAGAUAUCAGUUCAGCAAGGAGUGACAUUUUGGAUUCAGAUAGUCCACAUUACACCGAUGGAGUUCACUCUGCGCUGCUAGAGCAUGGUGAUUCUUCUUAUGUGUUUGAGCCUGAUCAAUCAGAUAUGUCACAAGAUGAAGAAGAUAACCUCAGCAAGAGUCUCUACCCUUCGUACCUCUUUCCCAAACUUGAAGAAGAUGUGGAUUACUCCGACCCACCUGAAAGUUCUUGUAAUUUUGGAUUUCCUGAGGAAGAUCAUGUCCUUUGGACCUGGGCUUACUACUAAGUUUUUUUCUUUCAUGUGUGUGUUUGUAUCAUGUGUUUAGUAUUUAGUAUUUGCACUUUUUUUUUCAAGGCUUUAAAAAUGAGCAAUAAGUCAGAGCAAUGGCUAUAGCUAUAGCUUUAGCUUUAUUAGGAAAGAAAUGGUGGGCUUUUUUUGCCUCAUUUUGUUAUUUGUAAUGAAACUGUUGGUUCCGAUGUAAUUAAAUAAUGUCUUCUUGUUGACAAUGUAACUACGGAUUUUAUUUCA